GUUGUCUCCUCUUGAUUCUUGCAGGCAGCUUUUGCAGAAGCAGGCACCAUGUCGGUGUUGUACCCGUCGCUUGAGGACAUGAAGGUGGACCAGGUCCUAAAGGUGCAGGGUAAUGCAGGCCCUGGGAAACCAGCCUUGGCCCCAAUCCCUACUCCAGCCCCAGCCACCCUUUCAUCCACUGCUGGCAAAGAGACGACAGAGCCCCCCAAAGCAGCUGACCCACCCGUUUUGUACCCAAAUCUGAGUGACCUCAACGAUUACAUGGGCCUCUCUCUUUCCAGCGAGGAGGUCCAGAAGAAUCUGGGACUUGUCCCAGCGGGUAGCCAGGAUGUGGUCCCAACUCCUUCUGCGCAAGGCACGAUGGUUGCUCCGGUCACAGGAAAUAACCUUGGGAUGCGUCGGGCGGAGAUCAAGCCGGGCCUGCGGGAAGUCCAUCUGUGCAAGGAUGAGCGCGGGAAGACGGGUCUGAAGUUGCGCAACAUUGAUAAGGGGCUCUUUGUUCAGCUGGUCAAGGCCAACUCUCCAGCCUCUCUGGUGGGACUCCGUUUUGGGGACCAGAUCUUGCAGAUUGACGGGAAGGACUGCACUGGGUGGAACACGGACAAAGCCAAGCGCGCGCUGAAAAAGGCCUCCCCGGAAAAGAUCAUCAUGGUGAUUCGAGACAGGCCUUUCCAGCGCACGGUGACCAUGCACAAAGACAGCACCGGCCACGUUGGUUUUGUCAUCAAGAAGGGGCAGAUCCACUCGCUCGUCAAGGGCAGCUCUGCCGCUCGAAAUGGGUUGCUCAUCAACCACUAUAUCUGUGAGGUGAACGGGCAAAACGUCAUUGGCCUGAAGGAUAAGGAGAUCACAGAAAUCCUGGUGAAUGCAGGCAACGUCAUCACUCUCACAAUCAUCCCCACGGUGAUCUACGAGCACAUGAUCAAAAAGCUAUCAAGUGGGCUCGUGAAAUCAUCCAUGGAUCAUUCCGUCCCUGAUGUGUAAACUUGCUCGAAGACUUUGCCUCCUUCCAUGUCCUCUCUCUUCUGGAACGAAAUCCACCCUGGGCUCCACCAGAAGGACGUGGGGGGGCCACUUUGCUUUCCUGCACCUCGCCCCCCCCCCCAGGACUACUGCCAAACAAAAGCAAGGGGAAUCCAUUCGGUGCAGCUUUUCUAAAUUUCUUUCGGACUGUGGGGUUUCCAGAGACUUGGUGAGGCGGACAAGGCGGACAUUUGUGCAGCUGCUACAUAUAUUUCAGCUUUGGGGGACGGGAGGUAAAUUAAUUUUACCGGUGUGCUAACAUCUCCUGCAGGAGGAAGCUGGAGACAGGCCAUUUUCUAGUCUGUAGAAUGUGAUGUGUUGUGGGUAAAAUGUUAAGCUCUCCUCUCUCCAGAGCCCCAUGAAACACUCUGGGUGACUGUGGUUUGGUCACUCUCUCUCAGCCUGGCUGACCUCACAGGGUUGUUGUCAGGAUAAAGUACAGGGGGUCGGGGAGAGCCUUGGGGUCCCUGGAGGACAGAAGCUUUGUAAAUCUAAGAAAUAAUAUUCUCCCGAAUUAAUUGGAGAUAAGUCAACCUGUGGGAUUCCCUGUGUGGUGUAGUGGAUAGAGCAACAGACUAGGAUUCUGGAGAACAGGGUUCGAAUCCCUGCUCAGCCAUGAAAACUCACUGGGGGGAGUGGAAGCGACAAUAAAGGACAGGAAAAGUUCGUGAUUUAGAA